AGGAGGCAUCAGCAGGAGGAGGAACCAGGAGGAGGCAUCAGCAGGAGGAGGCUUCGCAACUCUCAUCCGCGUCUUCUUCUCGGGAGGCGAGGGCGAGUGGAGGUCGUGAAUUCUCUCAGAUCUCAGCCUCGGGAAUUGCCAAUCAACUCCCACGGAGACUUCAAGCGACACAUCCAGUGGCACCAACUAAUUCUUCACCAGCAGCAGCAGCAGCGGCUACAGCAGCAGCUACAGCUGCAGCAGCAGCUCCAGCAGUAGCAGCAGCAACUACAUCAGCAGCAGCAACAGCAGCAGCAAUUAUAGCAGCAGCAGCUCCAGCAGCAGCAGCAGCAACUACAUCAGCAGCAGCAACUACAGCUACAUCAGCAACAGCAGGAGCAGCAGCAACAGCAGCAGCAGCAACAGCAGCAGCAACUACAUCAGCAGCAGCUACAUCAGCUACAGCAGCAGCUACAUCAUCAGCUACAGCAGCAGCAGCUACAUCAUCAGCUACAUCAUCAUCAGCAGCAGCAACAGCAGCAGCUACAUCAGCUACAUCAGCAGCAUCAUCAGCAGCAGCUACAUCAGCAGCAGCAGCAGUUACAUCAGCAGCAGCUAUAGCACCAUGCCGGGCCCAAUGCGGUCACAGCCACCGGCCAAGGUGGCCCCAGGUCGUGUCACGGCCACUCCGACUGUCACCAAGUCACCGGCUGCGGCUGCCCCAGCGGCUGCUGCUGUGACCCCCCCUGCCAAGGCGGCGUCUGUGGACGUGGAGGCUGAGCAGUACCUGUUCGUGGACAAGGGGGCCGUCAACAACCCCGCGGCGCAGGCCGACUGGAGCGCAAAGCGGCUCGUGUGGGUGCCCUCCGAGAAGCAUGGGUUCGAGGCGGCCAGCAUCAAAGAGGAAAAGGGCGAUGAGGUGCUGGUGGAGCUGGUGGAGAGCAGCAAGAAGAUCACUGUGAGCCAGGGAGACGUCCAGAAGAUGAACCCGCCCAAGUUCUCCAAGGUGGAGGACAUGGCGGAGCUCACGUGCCUCAACGAGGCGUCGGUGCUGCACAACCUCAAGGACCGCUACUACUCGGGGCUCAUCUACACGUACUCGGGCCUCUUCUGCGUGGUGGUGAACCCGUACAAGUUCCUGCCCAUCUACUCGGAGAAGAUCGUGGAGAUGUACCGGGGCAGGAAACGUCACGAGAUGCCGCCGCACAUCUACGCCAUCACCGACACCGCCUACCACAGCAUGCUGCAGGAUCGUGAAGAUCAGUCCAUCCUUUGCACUGGCGAGUCCGGCGCUGGGAAAACCGAAAACACCAAGAAGGUCAUCCAGUUCCUGGCCCACGUCACCUCGUCCCACAAGAGCAAGAAGGACAACACCAUCACGGGCGAGCUAGAGAAGCAGCUACUGCAGGCCAAUCCCAUCCUGGAGGCGUUCGGCAACGCCAAGACGGUGAAGAACGACAACUCAUCUCGCUUUGGCAAGUUCAUCAAGAUCAACUUCGACGUGACGGGAUACAUCGUGGGGGCAAAUAUCGAGACCUACCUCCUGGAGAAAUCUCGCGCAGUGCGUCAGGCGAGGGACGAACGGAGUUUCCACAUCUUCUACUACCUCGUCGCCGGAGCCAACGAUAAGCAGAAGGAGGAGUUCCUGCUGGAGGAGUUCAACAAGUAUCACUUCAUGUCCUUCGGCUACGUGCCCGUACCUGGCCAGUCGGACCAGGAGAUGCUCAUUGAGACCGUCGAUGCCAUGUCCAUCAUGGGCAUCAGCCAGGAAGAUCUCAGCUCCAUCUUCAAAGUGGUGUCGGCCGUGCUCCAGUUCGGCAACAUCGAGUUCAAGAAGGAGAGGAAUACGGACCAGGCCUCGAUGCCUGACAACACGGUGGUGGUGGUGGGAGGUUAUUUUCCGGAGCACAGCCCCAAGACAGCUCCAGCUAAGUCCUGA